AUGCAACAACAACAACAACAAAGACAGAACAAUAGACAACAUAUUAUACAUUACAAUAACGAUAACAUUGUGUCAAAUAUGAUGGAGCUUGGAUUCACAUUCUUUGAGCUCACGGGUUAUUCAUUGAUAACGUUCUACGACGUGGUAGUAGCGUUCCCCGAUCAAUUCAACAGAUACAUCAGACGUAGAAAUGGUAUCUUUCAAAGAAUAUCCAUGUCACUCAGACGUAGUUGGAGCACACCCAAGCUAAGCAACAGUAGCAAGUACUACAACAGCAGCAGCACCAGCACUGGAAGUAUCAUCAACGAUACUGCCUACUCCUUCAACAUUCCUGUAUCAUCCUCUACACCAUCAAUCCCUACCACCACCGCCACAUCAACACCAACUGUAGUAUUAUCCCCUCCAACAUCAACGUCCACAACAACAACAACAACAACAACAGUUGGUGCACCUGGAACUGAAAAGGUUAAGAACUUGGAGAAUGAGUUGUCCAGAUUGCGUGAGGAGAUUGCAAGAAUAAUGUCAACGACAAACAGUGGAAUGGCUCCAGCCGCCGCAGCGGCACCUGGCAAGGCUUGCCCACCUCCACCCCCACCCCCCUUGCCACCAAUGUACAAGCCCACCAACUUUAAGAUGCAAAAGACUGCAGAGGGCGUGAUCAGAUCCAGUCAGAUGCCAGCCGGCACACCAACCAAGCAGGCUCUGUCCAUCGGUGACCUUUUGAGAUCGGGCCAGAAGGUGACCCUGAAGAAGUCAGACAUCAUUCGUUCGCCAGGUGGCACUCCCGUGCGUGACAUCACCAACCAGCAAAAGUCAGUGCUCUCUACACAGGACUUUAUCGCAGUUGCUCUCAAGAACAAGUUCAAGAACGUCGUCCACCAAGAAUCACCAGAGAGACGUCCCAGCACCAAGUCCGCCACCAAAAAGGGCAAUGACGACUCCUUCUUCUCAGACUCUGACAAUGAGUUUGAUGCAUUUGAUGACAAGGAGAACAGAACUAUGGUGAUCUAA